AGCGCGUGUUCUUCGCCAGAAUGGCGAUAUGGACUCCGAUUGAAUAAUUAAAAAAACGCACAUUGCGCGGUUAUUGGGCCUUUUUUUGUCGACACGUAAAGACAAAUUCAAUUAGAAACCUAUGCCAUUAUCAUAUUUAUUUGCUGUGUAUGCUCAAAAAUAUUUUUGGCGAUAGUUUAAAUCAGGGAUUUCCUGGGGGUUGAUACUUGAUAGAGUCGCUCUCUGGUGAUUGCGAACUCCUGUUGAAAUGCAGGUUUUGUACUGAGCAGAAGUGAGAGGAGUUUGCGUGUUCUCCCCAUGCAUGCAUGCAUGCUUGCUUGCUCCCAUAUUCCCAAAACAUGCGGGUUAGGUUCAUUGAAGACUUCAAAUUAUCCCUAGGUGUGAGUGUGACUCAUUUCUGGAUGUGUGCCCUGCAAUUGGCUGGCGACCAUUGCAGUGUGUACUCACGCCCUCUCGCCUGAAGUCAUCUGGGAUCACCAGCGACCCGAAUGAGGAUAAGUUUUAUAGAAUGGCAAAGGAGUUGAGACUCAAUCAAGAUCGCCUCGGCUGGUUGCGGCCAUGAAGAUUGCAGUGGAGGGCUGUUGCCAUGGCGAGCUGGACAAGAUCUACGAGACCAUCGCCUACCUGGAGAAGAAGGAAGCCGUUAAAGUGGACCUGCUGCUUUGCUGCGGCGACUUCCAGGCCGUGCGCAACGAGGGCGACCUCAAGUGUAUGGCGGUGCCUGCCAAGUACAGAACCAUGCAGACCUUUUACAAGUACUAUUCUGGAGAGAAAAAGGCUCCAGUUCUUACCAUCUUCAUCGGCGGUAACCACGAGGCCUCCAAUCACCUGCAGGAGCUUUCUUAUGGAGGCUGGGUGGCUCCCAAUAUAUAUUAUCUGGGUUAUGCUGGGGUCGUUCGCUACAAAGGGAUCCGAAUCGGUGGCCUGUCAGGCAUCUUCAAGUCACGUGACUACAGAAGAGGUCACCACGAAUUCCCUCCGUACAACCCCGAAACCCUCAGAAGCGUCUAUCAUGUGCGAAAUAUUGAGGUCUUUAAACUAAAGCAGAUCCGCAUGCCCGUCGACAUUUUCCUGAGCCACGACUGGCCUCGCGGUAUCUAUCAUCAUGGGCCCACGGAGGAUCUGCUGCGGAAGAAGAAGUUUCUGCGACAUGAGGUAGAGUCCAACUGUCUUGGGAGUCCGGCCGCCGCCGAGCUCCUGGAGCACCUGCAACCAAGCUACUGGUUCUCGGCGCAUCUUCAUGUCAAGUUUGCUGCCCUGAAGCAGCAUCCUCCUAAACCCAACGCUGCGCCGCGGGCCACCAAGUUCCUGUCGCUAGAUAAAUGCCUGCCCUAUCGGGAAUUCUUGCAGAUCGUGGACGUACCGGAAAGGGCCGGUUCAUCCGACAAUUUGGAAUACGACCCCGAGUGGCUCGCCAUCCUAAAGGCCACCAACGAUCUGCAGAGGACCACCCCUCAUCCCUGGAACCCUCCGGAGAAUAAUGGCCUGCAUGAACGGUGGGACUUUACAGUCUCUGAAGAAGCACUGAUGAAGGUAGUGGAGCAGCUCAGCGGCAAACUCGCCAUCUCGGAAAACUUCAGUCGUACUGUACCGCCCUACGACCCAAGUAGCCCCCAGUACCACGCUGCCCCCAGCUACCACGCCAACCCCCAGACCACAGAGCUGUGCGCCACCCUAGGCCUCACGGACCUCUACACCCAAGCGGGCCAGGCCAGCGACAUGAGCGGGGCUCAGGACUGCCCCCGCGAAGAGGAAGACGACACUCAGAGCUACGACGAGCCCAGCGAGUACAUGACUGACGUUUCGGGCACAUCAAACUCCUUCAAUCCCGAUGAGAUCACUAUAGAGGAUGAGUGGGAGGAAGAGGAGGGUAAAGAAGAGCCCAAAAGCAGCGCUGAUCCAAAACCGCCCUGUGGCGACACCCACACACCCUACCACAUGGUCCUGCCCCCGCCCAAAUUGGAAGCGUCGCCCAUUCCCAUGUCGCCUCUCCUGGAUCUGGCUCCCCCCCGCCACUCCACACCCACCGUCCCUCGUCUUUCUCCAAGCGACAUGGCGGGUGAGGGUUUCCUCAAACGGACCAGCGACGAAGCCGGUGAUACAGGAAGCCGGACCACGACACCGCGAAUCAAACGCCGGAACCAAAUAAUCUACGCCACAGUAGAGGGCGAUUGCGACGAAUAGCCAACAAAAAAGUUAUUUUUUUAUUAAUGUAUUAAUUUCCUGCCUUUUUAAUGGAGAGAAAAUACGAGAAAAAUUAUGGCGUUUUAAAGACAUUUUAAAUGGUAAUUUUUAGAAACACUAUUUUUCUUUAUUUUUGUAAAUGUGAUUUCAAGACAGCAGGAAUGAUCAUUGGUUGUAAGAUUAAAAUAUCCUUUAAAAACAAAA